AUGUCCUACACUUCCUCCCGCUUUUCCAGAUCACCUUCCCCCGCCCCUCGCACUAGACGACCUUCUCCGUUGGAAAGAACCUCAUUGCACCUCCGUCUCAGCCUGCUCUCCGGCGAGAAAUAUGACCAGGAAAGCAGUGCCAAGGAACCCGAUCUUCGUCGCUGCCUCAGCCAUGCCCACAUCCACGCCAAGUCCAUGGCUAUGGUCAAGCGAGACAUUCGCGUCCACAUCCGCUCCAUGGGCAUGGCCAUGGACGAUGACAGCGACGAGGAGCUCCUUGAUCACGAAGUCCUCCCGCCGCCACCGUCGCGCCGAUCGUCCCGCAGCAGCUCCAAGUCAGCUGCGGCCCCACGGGUGACGGUAUCACCCAAACCCAGCGAGAAGUCGAGUCUGCUCGACAAGGGUCGCAAGUGCUUGGAGAAGCUUUUCCCUCGCAAGAACAACGUGCAUCUGGCUCAGUCUAGAGUUACCGUUGUCACUUGA